CGCAGACAGAUCAUCUGUUUAUUGGAGAGUCUGAUGCGCACUGAGCUCUGGAGGACGAGCAUCUGCUGCUGCCCCGCAAAAAAGAAACCGCUCCAGAAGAGGAGGCUGAGGAUGAAUCUGAAGUUCAUCCGCGCCUUUUUGCACCAGAAGCCCGUCUCCUCUUGACCAGUGAGAUCAGGAUGAAAAGGUGAAAGUUGGAUUUUGUAAAUCAGUAACACGCGCUAAUCCCAACCACCGACUUAUAAACGGGGAUGUGAAGGGACGCACAGUUGGUUGAAGUUGGAAAUCAAAGCUCAGAAAACGAGGAGUGCAGCUCUAAAGAUGCGCGCAGUGUGGAUAUUUCUCCUGUUUAUUGAGGAGGGAUUUGCGUUGGCACAAAAGAUCAAAGAUGGAGGUGCAGCGUCAAAAGGAGUUAAACCUUCUCCAAAACCACCACAUUCUCGUCACUGUGGAAACUGGGUACGAAACACAGAUGGUGGCACCUUCAGCUCCCCAAACUAUCCGAAUACGUACCCUCCAAACAAGGAGUGCCUCUACGUGCUGGAAGCCCUGCCUCGCCAGAGGAUAGAGCUGCUUUUUGACGAGACCUUCCUCAUCGAGGCGUCAUUCGAGUGUCGUUUCGACCACAUCGAGGUUCGGGAUGGUCCCUUCAGUUUCUCUCCGCUCAUCAACCGCUUCUGCGGCACGGCCAGUCCCGGACUGGUCCUCUCCAGCGGACGCUUCAUGUGGAUCCGCUUCUUCAGCGAUGAGGAGCUGGAGGGAACCGGAUUCCAGGUCCAGUACAGCUUCACUGCAGAUCCUGAAUUUCAUCUUCAUGUGGGAGGACUUUUAAACCCCAUUCCAGACUGUCAGUUUGAGCUGUCUGGGGCUGAUGGGUUGAUUCGGUCCAGUCAGGUGGAGGAGGACUAUAAAGUGAGGCCAGACCAGGCGGUGGACUGCAUCUGGACCAUACGAGCACCAGCAAAGAACAGGAUUUACCUGCGAUUCUUGGAAUACCAGAUGGAAAACUCAAAUGAAUGCAAGAAGAACUUUGUGGCUGUUUAUGAUGGCAGCAAUGCCAUCGAGGACCUAAAGGCCAAGUUCUGUAGCACAGUAGCUAAUGACAUUAUGCUGGACACUGGUGUGGGAGUAGUGAGGAUGUGGGCAGAUGAGACGAGCCGUCUCAGCCGUUUCCGGAUGCUGUUCACUUCUUUCGCUGACCCUCCCUGUUCAAGCAAUGCGUUCUUUUGCCACAGUAACAUGUGCAUCAACACCUCUCUAGUGUGCAACGGCAUACAAAACUGUGUCUUUCCUUGGGAUGAAAGCAACUGCAAAGAGAAAAAGAGCAAAGGUGUCUUUCAGCACAUCACAAAGACUCAUGGGACAAUAAUCUGUGUGUCCACGGGAGUGGUGCUGUUGCUCCUCGUUGUUUCCAUUCUGGUGCAAGUCAAACAGCCACGUAAAAAGGUGCUGGUACGUAAAAACAACCUGUUCCCCCGUGCGGACUUCCAGGAGGUGUUUGAUCCGCCGCACUAUGAACUCUUUACCCUCAGAGAUAAGGAGAUGUCUGGGGACCUUGGGGAGUUAUCAGAGGAACUCCAGUCGCUACAGGCCCUCAGGAGAUCUUCAUCCGGAUCACGUUGCAUUCAUGAACACCACUGUGGCUCUCAGGCCUCCAUCAACUCCAUCAAAGGCACUCAAAGUGCGCAUGGUCUGGGCAGGGGAUCCAUGGAGCUUCCCCCUUUCAGAGGGGACUUCCAGAGCGCUUUACCUCCCUUCAGGGACUUGAACAGCAGUCUGCGAAAGAAGAGCUGGCCCAGUAUGAAACCAGGCCGAAUUCAGAGCGCUCAUGGUAUUGGGGAGAGAUCACUGGGGCGGCAGGAUAGAGUUAUGGAAGAGGACGAAGAUGAGGAGGAGGAUGGAAGGUAUGACGUGUACGUGCGAAGAGCAGGAAACCGAAGAGGCAACUAUGAAAUGGCUCAGCAAAGAUCCUUGUCCAUGGACUUCUGAAAAGAAAAGGCGAGGUGGCAUAAAUACUGCAGCAAAUUUGGCGCGGACCUGUGCAGAUUUACAGGAAAGAGUCAAAUGAAAGGAGAUCACUUUCACUCGACACUUUUUCCAUUUGUCGUCUUCUCAGUAAGUUUGGAAAACGUAGGGUCUGUCAAGGAGCACCAAGUGCUCCCGAAACUGAAAGGAACUCAAGAUACUCAAGCAUUGCAAAAUCUGCUCAGACUCUGAAACAGCCAGCAGGGUGAGGAGAGUUUAUAGUUGUGAUAAAUGUGUAAAAGUGAAGACAGAUGAUCAUACUGUGUAUUGUUUCUCGUUAUUGAUGUAUUUUGUUAAAUACAUUUUAAUGUCAAGGAAAUAGAUUUUGUUGAUGUAUGUUUUGAAGAGUUGAGAUUUCAAAAAACAUGCUUCAAGAAGAAGUCAAUUAAAAAAAAAAUACAGAUUUGUUGGUUUCACUAUUACAUGCAUUAAAAAUAAAUAGCUAAUUUCUGCACCACUGGUUAAGGAAAA